GUGCGCUGUGGGGCGCGUCUUUGGCGCCUCCAGCUGCGCGGCCGGGCCCGGGGUCUCGCCGCCCUACUCGGCCCCAGCUGUCCCGGACCGUAGAGAUGGGGGACCCCAAGGAGGCCGGAGCCGAGGCUCCGCCGCUCGGGGCCGCUGCCCGAGGGGGACUCACGCUCCUGCCCCAGGGAGAGUCCGAGGAGCCGGCUGCCCAGGGAUCGGCCCUGCUCCUCGGCGGCGGCGAGGUGAAGAGCCGGGCCGUGGUCAAGUACUCCUCGGCGCCGCCGCGCACGGCCUUCGCCCGCCUGGAGGAGAAGACGGACCUGAAGCUGCCCCCGGCCAACUGGCUGCGGGAGAGCGCCACGCUGGGGCCCGCGGGCACCACCGUCCUGGGCAGCAGCCGGAAGAGCAAGCCGUUCUCCAGUUUCGGCAUGGCGUACGACUUCAUUGACUCGGUGGGCAACGAUGUGGACGUCGUCUCCGACUCUGAAAACAUCAAAAAGCUGCUGAAGAUUCCCUACAGCAAGUCGCAUGUGAGCAUGGCCGUGCACCGCAUAGGGAGGACCCUGCUGCUGGACGAGCUGGACAUUCAGGAGCUCUUCAUGAGGUCAUCGCAGACUGGUGAUUGGACGUGGCUGAAAGAGUUUUACCAGAGACUCAUUGAUCAGAAGUGGCAGAGGAAGAAAAAGAGUAAAGAGCACUGGUAUCAGAAGGCCAUUCUUUCCAAGUUCUUGUACUACAGCGUCAAUGGUGAUGGAGCCGCACAGCCUGUGCCGUCUGCUGCGGAGCCGCAGGAGUCGCCCAGCGCAGAUCAGACGAGUGGUUCCGAGGGGCCCUCGUGGCCUGCUCCCUUUGAGGUGCCCUCUUCAGUCUCGGAAGACCCCAGUGCUUCCAGUCAGGGAAGUGAGCCUCUUGAACCCUCAUGCAUGGUGGGGCAUGUGGCCUCAGCGCCCAAAGAACAAAACCUGACUACUUUGUUCAAUGACGGGGAGAACAGUCAGGGUCUUAAAAAUGAUUUUGUUCGAAAUAUUCUGUGGACAUUUGAAGACAUCCAUAUGUUGGUUGGUUCCAACAUGCCAAUAUUUGGAGGGGGCAGAUACCCAGCAGUCAGCUUACGUCUCAGGGAUAAUAACAAACCAAUUAAUGUGCUAACUGGAAUUGACUAUUGGUUGGACAACUUGAUAUGCAAUGUGCCAGAGCUUGUGAUGUGUUUUCAUGUAAAUGGAAUUGUACAGAAGUAUGAAAUGAUAAAGACAGAAGAGAUUCCCAAUUUGGAAAAUUCUAAUUUUUCUACAAAAGUCAUAAAAGACAUCGCGCAGAAUAUUUUAUCAUUUCUGAAAUCGAACUGCACCAAGGAAGGACACACUUACUGGCUCUUCAAAGCAAGUGGCAGUGAUAUAGUGAAGCUCUACGAUCUCACUACUCUGUGUGAAGAAACUGAAGACAAGUAUCAAAACCCGUUCACAAUGCCAGUGGCCAUUCUCUUAUACAAGGUUGCUUGUAACAUGAUGAUGAAGAAGAAUCAAAAUAAGAAACACUAUGGGACCAUUAGAACAUUGCUGCUCAAUUGUGUGAGAUUGCUGGACAAAAGCAGGCAUCCUCAAAUAAUUGCUUCAGCCAAUUACAUGCUUUCAGAACUUUUUCAGUUGGAUGAACCUAAAAAGGAAGACAGCUCAGAAUCUCCAUUAAAUGAGAAUUCUGAUGAAAGUUACAGUGAGGAGGAGGAGGAGGAGAUGCCAGACAGUGAUGAAAAUGGAUCCUAUAGCAGCAGCUCUGACCCAUCGCAUGAUAACAAAGCAGUAGCCAUCAUUAAGUCUGUGGGAGAAUUGUCGGUACCAGAAAAAUACAAAUCCAUCCAUCAGAUCAGACCCAGUUGUGCGUUCCCGGUUUGCCAUGACACGGAGGAGCGCUGCCGGCUUGUCCUCAGCUAUGUUCUGGAGGGUUUAAAAUCUGUAGAUAGCAGCAUCAAAAAAGAAAGUGACCUUCCGGCAGCUGACCCCAGCACCCCAAUCCCGUUAAAAUAUGAAGACGAAUCCACAAGGGGGGGUCCUGAGGGGCUAGAGAAGCAGAUGGCCUUGUUUUUGGACAAAAUGGGCUCCCUGCAGAAGGGUAAUUAUUCCAGUCAGUCUGGAAUGAUCCCUGGUUCUUGGCAACACAAAAUGAAGCUUCAGCUGAUUCUCAAGUCGUCAAAGGCCUAUUACGUGUUGUCCGACGCUGCCAUGAGCCUUCAGAAGUAUGGAAGAGCGCUCCGCUACAUCAAACUGGCUUUGCAGAGCCACGAUACUUACUGCUGCCUCUGCACCAACGUGCUCUCUGAGGUGCUGCUGUUCCUCUCCCAAUACCUGACGCUCUGUGGGGACAUCCAGCUCAUGCUGGCCCAGAACGCGAAUAACCGGGCGGCCCACCUGGAGGAGUUCAACUACCAGACCAAAGAAGACCAGGAGAUUCUGCACAGCCUUCACCGAGAGUCCAGCUGCCAAGGAUUUGCGUGGGCUACCGAUUUGUCUACAGACUUGGAAAGUCAACUUUCAGUUAGUUGUAAAUGUUAUGAGGCUGCUAAUGAAAUCUUGCAAUUUAGUGACUUAAAAAACCAAAAUCCAGAGCACUAUAUACAAGUAUUGAAGAGAAUGGGCAACAUUAGAAAUGAAAUCGGUGUAUUUUAUAUGAACCAGGCUGCUGCAUUACAGAGUGAGAGAGUAGUGAGCAAGUCUGUGUCCGCUGCAGAGCAACAGUUGUGGAAAAAAAGCUUUUCUUGUUUUGAAAAGGGGAUUCACAACUUUGAGUCGAUCGAUGACGCUACCAAUGCUGCGCUCCUGUUAUGCAACACGGGAAGACUCAUGCGAAUUUGUGCCCAGGCUCACUGUGGCGCAGGGGACGAGUUCAAACGUGAAUUCUCACCCGAAGAAGGCUUGUAUUAUAAUAAGGCUGUUGAUUAUUAUUUGAAAGCCCUGAGGUCUUUGGGAACACGAGACAUGCACCCCGCUGUUUGGGACUCCGUGCACUGGGAAUUGUCUACUACGUACUUCACCAUGGCAACUCUGCAGCAAGAUUACGCUCCCUUGUCCAGAAAAGCUCAGGAGCAGAUUGAGAAAGAAGUCAGUGAGGCCAUGAUGAAGUCCCUGAAGUACUGCGACGUUGAUCUGCCAUCCGCCCGGCAGCCUCUCUGUCAGUAUCGAGCUGCGACCAUCCACCACAGGCUGGCUUCCAUGUACCACAGUUGUCUGAGGAAUCAGGUUGGCGAUGAGCACCUGAGGAAGCAGCACCGGGUGCUGGCGGAUCUCCACUACAGCAAGGCCGUGAAGCUUUUCCAGCUUCUCAGAGAUGCCCCGUGCGAGCUGCUCCGCGUCCAGCUGGAAAGGGUGGCGUUUGCAGAGUUCCAGAUGGCCAGUCAGAACAGCAAUGUUGGGAAGUUGAAGACCCUGUCUGGGGCUCUUGAUAUCAUGGUGAGGACAGAGCAUGCAUUCCAGCUGCUCCGUAAGGAGCUGGUGGAGGACCCCGAGCAGCCUAAGAGUGGCGAGACUGCUCCGGCCGCCGACUCUUCCCCCAGCCUCAAUCGAGAAGAGGUGAUCAAACUGCUCAGUAUAUUUGAAUCUCGGCUGUCAUUCCUUCUCCUUCAGUCCAUCAAACUGCUGUCUGCAACUAAAAAGAAAACAAGCAGUAACGUGGAAGAAGAUGUGGUCCUGAAAACCAACAAGCACAUCUACUCCCAGCUUCUGAGAGCGACGGCCAGCAAGGCUGCCACCCUGGUGGAGAGAAUCGACAUGGUCAUCCACCUGCUGGAGCAGCUCGCUCGCGGCGGCGCCGUGCAGUGAGCUGAGCCCGGGGCUGCGCCUGCACACCGCCGCCAGUGCCUUCUGAACUCGGGGGCUACCCUGUCCGUUUGGUGCUGCGCCUCAUUAAACAGGAGGGGUGCCCGCCCCACCCAGGGACAGCCGUGGGCACGGUUGUCAUUUCUCACGACGCACAGCUUGGGCGAGUUCUCCGGCUUCUUUGAAGUGCCAGAGUCGGGAUCCAGUGGAAAGCUCCCAGCAGUGACUCUGGGAGCACCUGGCACCUCGUGGCAGCAGCCGCGCCACAGUGCAGUUUCACCUUGACAGAUUUCUGAAGUGUGUUAAGCUCUGUGCAUCUAAGAUAGGACUAUUUUGGGUGACAUGAUUCUACAGGUUCAAAUAGGGUAAAGAAACUUCUACAGUGUUUCCGUCUGGAUUGUCCAGGACAACACGUGUGCCCUGACUGAGCUCCGUGCUGGAGCUCGCGGAGCCUCGCCCCGCGCAGCGCUCCGUGUGCCGUGCGUGUUCGGAGGGUGCACUUGUCCUAGACUUCCUCAGACAGCUGAUCCAGAACAGGUACUAUCUUUUUCUUCAUUUUAAACUUGAAACUGUGAAUAAGGUAAGAAGGCUAUUUUGAAUAAAUAAACUAUUUAUUUAAAAUG